CCACACACACCACCAGUUCCUACCGGAACCUCCAACGGUUGGCUCACGUUUCCGGUGAGGCUUAUUUUUCAGUUGCACACCACCAUCACAUUGAAGACGCCUUGAUGGAGAAUGUUCUAGCUCCAAUUUAUUGACAAUAUCGGAUAAAAGUCCUGCGACGAGGCUCUGCAAUAAAACCAGAACACCGUCGAAAGUUCAGUUCUGGAUAUAAGAGCUCAAAAACAAGCCUUGUUUAUUCCACAGUAGCUGCUAUCCGUGCUUUUAUCGACGCGGGGAGGUCGGGCUGUGUCCCAAAUGGCUCCCGACGCCCUACGUAGUGCACCCACGCUGAGGUGUUGCAUUACCAGCUUCCUCACUCGAAUAGUGCACUAGGUUUCUCAAAGAGAGAUAUUUGGGACUUACCCGAGUUCGUAUCCGUAUGAUGUUUGUGUUUAAGACUCACAUUACACCCUAAAACGUUCUAGCUACACAAGUCAUACUAGAACCUGAAAUUAAGGUUAGGCAGGGUUCGCAGCGAGCUAUCAACUGAAAUUAGCUGUUAGCUGCGUCUGCUGGCUAAGUUAACCCCAGCGAGGCCGACACGCGGCAGAAAUGGAUCUGGCUCGCGUCCUCCGGGAUCUCGGUCUCGGUGACGAGUCCGAGAAGAAUAACGGGGGCUCGGCCUGUUCGGUUAUACGGGUUUUAUCUGAAAUCCAGCAGCGCUUUGUGGCCGAGGACUCGGCAAAGCGGAGCCUCCUGAGGAGCGCGGCGGAGCUGCUGGGCAGCGGGGAGGUGCGCUGGCUCUUCCCGGAGUUUGGCCCGGAUUUGCGGGCAGCCUAUGCUGAGCUGGUGAGCAGCUUCACCGAACACGCUGCUUUACCGGUGUGUGACACGGACAGCGGCGCUUUGCCUUCCAGCAGCUACGAGCAGAUUCCUGCCAAAGCCGAGGCCGCUGGCGCAGCUUUGCUGGCGCUGACCGAGCAGCUUCGAGGAGCCGUCAGGUCCAGCGACUCAGCGGUUUCAGGGUCAGCCAGGUCACUCAUCCGCACACUUGGGCCCUCACUUUGUCUGUUCUCCAUCACACACCUGCAAGACCUGCCGUGGACCAACGAGGCGUCCAGAAAACGUGCGUUGGAGCUGCUGAACUCCACCAUCGCAGCCACGAGCAGUGGGUCAGUAGUGGAGCUACUGUGUGGCAAGGAUGAAGGUGACCAGCGAGGGAUGCUGGGCCCAGUCCUGGACAUACUGCAGCCAGAGUUGACAAAGGAAAACUGGAAACGCAACGAGGCGAUGAAGCACGUGUUCUCCUGGGUCCUGGUGCAGGUUGGACGUCCCUGCUUGGCUGACUACUUGGAGCAGGUCUUUCCUCCUUCUCUGCUCAUAUCUGACGAUUACCGGACAGAGAAUAAAGUACUGGGAGUGCACUGCCUCCAUCACAUUGUACGCAAUGUGCCUGCUGCUGACCUUAGGCAGUUCAACCGAGCUGAGGUGCUCUACCAUGCCCUCUUUAAUCACCUGUACACAUCUGAAGCUCCGCUUAUACAGGUUGUCCUGCCUUGUCUUAUAGAUUUGGUGCCAGUCCUUGAGAAGCCCCUCGUCCACACAUUGCCAGCAUUGCCACAGAAGCCAAGCCGCUUUGACGGUGUUCUUCGUCUCAUUUUAACACACAUGGAGAUGGAACAUAAGUUGGUCUUGCGCCGAAUCUACGCCAGCAACCUCCUUCUGCUCAUUGACAAGAUGGGCAUAGGAAUCGCUCGGCAUCUGAAGAGGCUGGAGAGAGUGGUUGUAGGAUAUCUGGAGGUGUCGGACGGUCCAGAGGAGAAAGCUAGGCUGAUGAUACUGGAGGUUCUGGAGAGGACCAUACAAACCGCCUGGCCAAGAAUGGAGUGCAGGACGGGUGUGCUUGCUAAGAGUUUGCUGAGGUUCCUUGUUGACAUUUCAUCAGAGCCACUGGCUCCUGAGCUCAGGGACCAGCUUCUGACCAGAGCCUCACGCUGCCUGCUGCUGCUGGACCACUGCUCACAUGGAAGACUGCGGGUUCUGCUGAAAGAGGUGGACAGUAGCUGUGUUUCUGACCGUGUGCUGAAGUGCUUGGAAAGCCUUACAGCACCCCAGGAUGUGUGAGUUGAGUGCUAACCGAGCUUCUGCUGAACCCCUCUCAGUGUAAAUGGAUCCUGUGGAUCCACAGUCUUGGGAUUUCGCUGUGCUGAAUUCUGUGAGCUGGCCUAAAAGGACUAAAACUGCAUCUGCUUGUCUUUUGUCAUGAAGUCAGUAGUCAUAGUCAAACUAUUCUACAGGAUUUUUAUAUGCCCACCUGGUGCCAGUGUCCUGUAAAUAUGUGUAAUAUAAAUAAAUCCUUUAUUAUUAGCCGUC